AUGGCCAAGGGAACCAUUGGAAAGAGCAACAAGGCGGCGCCUGUCCGCAAACACUCUCGCGCCGCCCGCCGCCAGACCUCUCCCGGCAUCGAUCUCGACAAGUCCCUCAAGGGCGUCCGCCCCCCUCAAGAAUCUGUCAACCUGCGCCCGACCGUCCUGGCCGCCCACCACAGCAGCGGCAUCACCAAGAAGGCCAAGAAGAAGCAGCUGUCGUCCAAGAUGCGCAAGAGGCAGGAGAAGAGCAUGGACCGCGCCGAGGCCAUCAUGGACCGCACCUCGACGAAAAAGGCCAAGAGCUUGCGCAAGGCCGCGGUGAUCGAGUCGCGCAAGCGCACGUGGGACGACGUCAACGUGGUUGCGCUAGCUGAGAUCGGCAAGGAGCCCCCUAAGAAGGAGAAGAAGGUCGACCUGCAGAAGAAGGCCGAGGACGAGGCUGACGAGGUCGAGGGCAUGGAUGAGAAUGCGGCCGUCGAGAGCCUCAUGGCUGCGACCAUGAUACCGGCUGUUGCGCCGACGAUGCAGGAGGAUGAUGAGGAGAUCCUGUGA